GGGUGUGGUGCGCGCCGCUCCACCUGCCCCGGGGCAGGAGGACCCGCCCUGUGGAAGUCCAGCAGAGGGAGGCAGGUGAAAUGUAGCCCGACAGGUCUGAUGGGAACACAGACAGGGGCAGGGAGGUGACUGAGGUGCAGUCACAGCAGUUCGCCGGCUCAGGGUGGGUCUCUGUGGAGGUAGUGGACCUGUGGACUCCCAGCUGCAGCUCGACUGACGGGGAUUUCCCUCCUCUCCUCUCCGCUGCUGCCUGGGGCAGAUGGUGGGACUGAGAGCCUGAGCGGAACUCAGGAAGGAGUGAGAGGAAGGAGAGUGAGAGAGAGAGGGAGACGACGACAGGCGAGGACCGGAGAGCAGAGGAGACAUGCUCCGCUACGGCUCCAGACCCGGGGUGACCACCACCACCACCACAGAGGACUCUGCUGCUCCUUCCAGCGAGCGGAGGGUCCUCAGGUUGACUCUGCUCGCAGGAAAUGAUGGAAAAAAGGAGGAAAAAACUGCAGACACAGCUGAGGCAGAGAAUCGUCUCAAGGAAACAUGGAAGACGAAGAACGGGCUCAUCCACAGAGAGCGGCCGGCUGGCAUGGAGUCGCCUCAGCAGCACCUCAGAGACACAACCAAUGGGGCGCCGGCAACCUCGGCGCAGCAUCAUGGGCCCAAAAUGUACGGCGUAGUGCAGAGGACGAGCACGGACAGACGGCAGGAGCUGAUGGCACGCGAGUGGACCGUCGACCACCUACAUGAUGAGAUGAAGUACAUCCGGGAGGUGAGGGACUCCCUGGAGAAAGUGAGAGAACGGAUGUACGGGCAGUUUGGAGGAAUGCAGCAAUCCAUGGAGAAGCUCUCACGAGAAAUGAGGGCUGCCAACGCACACCGGAAAACGUUGGAGUCUGAGGUGAAGGUUCGUACCGCAGCCAUGGAGAACUUUGAUCAGAUGAACAGCUCCCUUAUAUCUGCAAACAUCAGCCUGCAGAAAUCCCUCUUGGAGAACUGUCAGAACAGAGUGGACACGAAAGACGAGGUGAAGAGUUUGCGGAGCACCUACGAGAAAACUCAAGAAAAGCUCAGGGACAGGGAGCGAGAGCUGGCCGCAGCGCAGGCUGAGAACCAAACGCUCAGACUUCAGGUGGAGUCUUCACAGGAGGCAAACAUCCGCGCCGUGCAGGAUCUCACCGCGAAGCUCCAGAGAGAGUAUGAGGAAAAACUGCAGAGCGAACAACAGAAACACAGAGAAGAGAUAGAAAACCUACAGGCCCAGCUGGAUGAAUACAUCAGACGGCUGGAGGAAGCAGAGAGGAACCUCAGGACUGCAGAGGCCAAGAUUGCUGAGCGAGACCAGCGGAUCGUUGAAGUGGAGCGUCUCCUGAGCUGCAUGGGGAUGGAGAAGAGCCAGCUCCAGCAGAAGCUGCAGGAGUACGAACAGCGUAUCCGUUUGUUAGAGCUGAUGGACAAAACAGACGCAGCCGCAGCCAAAAAGUCUCAGCAGCUGCAGGAAGAAGCCGUGGAUCUGCGCGAGCGAAUCAAGCACUUGAACGACAUGGUGUUCUGCCAGCAGAGGAAAGUCAAGGGGAUGAUUGAGGAGGUUGAAUCUCUGCGAGCUCAGGUUGCUCAGAAGGACAUGUUCAUUUCAGAGCUUCUUGACAGAAUCGCAAUAGUGGAGUGUGAGAAUAAUGAAUUAGAAGACAAGCUGAAGUAUUUUAUGUCCACACAGAAUAGGCCUCAAGAGAUUUUGGAAAGACGAGACGUAGGAGUAGGCUGCGAUCUGCUCCCCAGAUAUGAAGUGCAGAGGCACGAUGUUGAAUCUGUCCAUCUUCAUUCCACCCCACCUUCAUCACCUGUCCUACCUUCAUCACCGGUUAACACUACAUCACCCACUCACCCUCUGUCACCGACAGAACCUUCAUCGCCCACACCUUGGGCUCCAUCUUCUUCACGGCCUUCCUACCUAUCAUCCCUCCAGUACCCAUCGUUCAGACUAACAACGCCCAUCCAGGCAUACAGUUCGACUAACCCUCCACCCAGCAGGCUGGAGACCAGUUUGUUAAAGUACUCUCCUGGUCAGUACAGUCAGUACCUGCAGUCCAGCAACCCGGCGAUGAACGGCGUGUCCUCUGAGUCGGACCCCGUUGCGAGUCCGGUCCCGUCCAGCAGAGACGAGGUGGAUGCAGAACCGAAAACAGACUCUACUACACAGACCGAACCACAGGCGGUCACGUCUUCCACCUCGUCUUCUCGGCCCAGGUCAAGGCUACAGGUGUCCUCACCCUUCAUGAAACUGAUGGGACACAACCUGAAGGAGAAGCACUGAUUGAUUUAAAGGGUUCAAAAUUUGGGAUAUUCUAAAUAAUAAUUACAUUAAUUUUGCUCUUUUUUGUAUUGUGUGGUUUUAAAUUUCUUUGGUUGAUCAGAUCUCGUAGAGAAAAUAUGCAGCUUUCCGAGUCAUUUACAGUUUGGCCCAAAGUUGUUCAUAUCCCUCAGUGUGGGGCUGGACGAUUGUAGCAGAACUUAAUGUUUUAUAUUUUUGCUUUAAAUAUCUGAAAUAUUGCCAAACUGGUUGCAGGACGGUUCCUGUUUCAUUCUCAGUUUUUAUUCCAUGUUGUUUUAUUAUUAUCAUCAUUAUUUUUCAGCAGUUGGUAAAACCUUAAACUGCUGCUGCUUACGUUGCUCAACAGGUCGUUGCUAGGUGACCAAAGAAGGAAUGAGUUGCUAGGUAACCAAAGAGUGGCUAAAAACUACAUCUCCCAGAAUGCUGUGCGGUUUUGGCUCUGAGUUCAGUGAAUGUUCUAUUUAUUGAAUGUUGAAUAUUAGAUGUAUUAUCUAUUGAUAUUGAACAUGUGGGCCGUGAUUUAUAUUGCUAUUGAUUUAGCAUCCAGUUCUUCCUCAGUGGCAGAUUUAAAUUUGACGUGACCUUUAAUUGUACCAAUGUGUUUUUUCUGACAAUAAAGAAUGUUUUGCAGUGGCCCAGUCAAAGUCUCAGCUUUAACCUGAGUAUGGGACUUGCAACCUUAAAAACAUAAAUUGUCAAAAUACCAGUGAAAACAUGAAAACAAUACCGUUUUUCAAAUAAAUGUAAUAGAAACUUUUAUUUUUAAAUUAAUACUCUUCUUAAAGUGUUUUCCAACUGGAAACAAACUUCUGGUUCAGAUUAAAUUAACUUUAAAUCUAAAUCUGUCUGGAGUAUGGAUACCUGUGGGCUUAACUAUCAUUCAUUUGGAUUUAAAAUGAAAAUGUACUGCUUAUUGUUCUCAUUUACCGUGGAAAAAGCUUUUAAAAACUGCACAAGUAAAAAUGAAGUUUAUGAAACACGUUAAUAAAUCUUUGUUGUUUUUUUCACAUUUUUGUUUUUUAAUCACAAUGGUGAAAGCUAAAAUCAUAAUCCAUGUUAUUGUCUCUGCCAGCCAUGAUGGAAAAGUGUUAUUGGUGAUGAAUGAAGUCAGCAACUUUUGCAAUAAUGCAUGUUGCUCUCAGUGGGAUGUAAUGAACUGAAUUAAUUUUUUAAUGUGUUUUUAUAUGCAGCCCAUUUUCCAUGCUUACUGAGCUAAAAAAUAUCUGUCCUGGUUAAGGAUUGAUAUGGUUAUUGGUUGUAUUUCUAAAUGUUUUUUAUUUGUAUAUAUUAAAUGAUAUAUUUUGCUAUUGUUCAUGCCCUGUAAAUAAUAUUUAUUAACUUGCAUUGUGCCUUUGUGUUCAUAUUCUAUUGUCUCAUAUUGGUGGUGGGUUAUCGGACAUUUUGAGUACUAACUCAACUUUGCAGUUGUGUUUUUGUUUAUAAUAAAGUGACUGCCAUUACUGAGCCACAA